AUGCAGGCCCUAAGAAAGGUCACGCGCGCCGUGUCUCCCAAAACCGCCCUCACAGCAACAGCAGCCCUCGUCGCUCUGUCAGGCACAGCAUACAGCAUAACGAUAUACAGGCGCCUCAGUAUCACCAGCCACUCGCUCAUCAAAACGACAGAGUCCGUAUCGGAGUCGUUGCGCAAAUCAGCCACUAUCCGCAGUCUUGUCAACCCCCGCGGCCACACGGCGGAGGAGGACUCACGCUCCAUAGAACUUGCCGUGCCGGACGGUGUGAAGCUCCCGUCAGAGGAGCUUCUCUUGUCGCAGUUCCUGAGGGGGUUUUUCGGCGGGCCCGUGUUUCUGCUUGAGAGGAUCGGGCUGCAGCUUCUGAAGAAGCAGCUUGUUGUUUUCGAUGGCAUGUUGCCUGUUGGUCUCGCGCCGAGCUCUGCGCCAGAGCAUGUGAACUCCAUGUCUGAGCUUCCUGCGUCCCUGCCGUCGUUGCAUUCCGUCUUGUGGGGUAUUCUCCAGGUCACGGAUCUGCGGGUCGGAGAGGACGGCGAGGGCAGCUCGAUUGAUUUCGUCUAUGGCUCGGAUAGGGGCGAGUUUGCGGGGUGUCAUCGCUUCACGGUGCGCAAGGAGACCGGAGCUCAGGGGGAGAGUGUGUUUGUGAGCAUGGAGUGUGUUACGUGUAAUCCUAAAGUGGACAAGCCUGUGUCGGGGCAGCUUUUGUCCUGGUUUCACCACCUUUACGCAAUGAUGUUGUUCAGAGAUGGGGUUGCCGAAGUCAAGGGUUUGUUGAGUUGA